AUGGGAAUUUUGGACGAACACCGACAAAUGCGGAAAGCGGCAUGUAAUCGAAGUCGAUUGUCGAAUGUGAUCGACAAUCAAAUGUGCAUGCAAUCGGUCGAACAGAUGGCGUCGCCAAGCUCCAUGCGUCUUCUUCGAAGGAAACGUAACAAGUCAUUCGAGUUGCGAGAAGAAGAGAUUGGAUUGGUUUAUGAUGGCAUUGAACUCAGCGAUAUGGGUCAACCCUCCACGGACAGCUGGCCAUGUCGAGGAAGGAUGGACGUUCCAGGCAUAUACCUAAUAGUUAUUACGUCUUUAAUUCAGGAUACAACCGAUUUGGUUUAUAUCGGUCAACGGAAACGGAUAGAGCUCGUUCGAUGGUGCAGUGUGCUCUCAUCCAGAGGUCGUGCUGAACGAAUAGAUAUCAUUGCUAGAAUUAUCUUCCCAGUCGCCUUCAUUUUGUUCAAUCUCGCCUAUUGGAGUAUAUAUCUGGAAGAGCAAGAUGACUAG